AUGGGCAUAACAGAAUCGAAAGGUAAUUAUUUUCAUAGAUCGACUAAAACACAUCGACGGAGAAAUGAUGCCGAUGUUUUCGCACAUAAGAAUAAGAACUCGCUAAAACGAAGAAAUGAAACACUUGCACCAUUCAUCCACGCAGCGCCACUGAAUCCGAACCUUCAUGGUUCGAUAUUGAAUCAUCCAUUUCCUAAACAACGUUCACGAUCAGAAAUCCAGCUUAUUUCCUACGAUCAACCACAUGACAACAUCAUUCCUGAAAUCGAGCCCAACCAGUUUGAUUCUGAUCCGUAUGAACAAUUGAAAGGUGCUUAUGAUUAUCGAAAACAUAUGCAACGUGUUGAUGAAGCAAAUCGACUUGUAUUAGAAGGCUUAUGUCCAUAUAAGAUGUAUGUUUCAACCAAUGAUUUACGUGUAUGUGAUACUCAACGAUUACCACCACCGUUACGUUGUAAAACAGCUCAAGGUUUUUUUCGAUCUAUACCUCCGGCACAAUUUUAUCAAAAGAAAACGACGUCCGAUGCCUCGUUUCUCUAA